UGCGCUCCUCUUUUCUCCCAGCCCAUCACAAUCAAUUACAGAAUAAUCGAUCAGAAGUUGAAAGUCCGCUUCGGUUUGUCUUAUUUUCUGCAUUUUCGCGCUGUUUUCUCGGUCUCUGCGGGAAGCUGCCGCGGUAUGACAGCCGACCUGCCUUUCUCCUCUCGCCGGUCUCCCGUGCUGUGCUUGCACGGCUGCGUGGCGUCCAGUCAGCCGCUGGCCUCGGCCGUGGGUCUGGAUGUCCUGAAGCGUGGCGGGAAUGCUGCAGAUGCGGCCGUUGCCAUGGCAGCGGCUUUGGCGGUAACGGAGCCGUGCAGCACUGGACUCGGCGGCGAUGCCUUCUGCUUGUUCUACGAUGGGAAAACUGGAGAAAUCCGAGGGAUUAAUGGCAGUGGUCGUUCACCUCAAACUUUGACCCUGGACUUUCUGGAAGGACUCGGCUACUCAGCAGAAGCUCCUCCUUCGGUGUUUGAUGCUUUAAAUGUGACUGUCCCAGGAGCGCCUGCUCUCUGGUGCGACACAGUCCAGUUGUUUGGAAGCCAAAAGCUGUCCUUGCGGGAGGUUUUGAGCGGAGCGGCGACCCUGGCAGAAGAGGGCUUUCCGGUUGCCGGGGUAACGGCGCAUCACUGGGAAAAGUGGGCGGCGGCUUUGGGCGAGUCGCAGAAGGAGCUGGGGGCGGAGCUGCUGAUCGGCGGCCAUCCACCCAAACACGGAGAAGUGUUUAAAAACACUGCAAUGGCUCAAACCAUAAAGGAGCUCGGUGAGCAAGGCAAACCGGGUUUCUACCAGGGCCGAGUGGCUCAAGCCAUUGUUGAUGUCAUCAACCAGAACGGAGGGGUCAUGACCCUGGAGGACCUCAGCAGCCACGACAGCGAGGUCGUCAGCCCCAUUAGCACAGAUUACAAGGGCGUGCGUCUGUGGGAGCUUCCUCCCAACGGUCAGGGCCUGGUCGCUCUGCUGCUCCUCAACAUCCUGGAGAACUUUCCUCAGCUCAAAGCUGGAGGCCACAACAGCUCAGACUACAUCCAUGUGUUCGUGGAGGCCGUGCGUUUGGCACAAACGGAUGCCUUCCGUUACCUUGGCGAUGCCGCCCACAUGACCGUCCCUACGGAAAGCUUACUGGCGAAAAGUUACAGCCAUCAGCGGGCGCGGCACAUCAGCAUGGACAGGGUGAUGGCACGAGUGGAACCAGGUCUACUGACAGGAAGUGACACGGUCUACUUCUGUGUGAUUGACAGUCAGAGGAACGCUUGUUCGUUUGUCAACAGCACCUACAUGGGGUUUGGGACUGGCCUGGUCCCUAAGGACUGCGGCUUCUCGCUACAGAACCGAGGUGCCAACUUUUCCCUGCAGCGCGGCCACGUUAACUGUGUUGCUGGAGGGAAGCGGCCGUAUCACACCAUAAUACCUGCUCUCCUCACCGACUCAGAAAAACCCCAACUGCUCGCUGCCUUGGGGGUCAUGGGGGCCUUUAUGCAACCUCAAGGACACAUCCAGGUCCUGCUGAACAUGGUCGAGUUUGGGAUGAACCCUCAGCAGGCUUUGGAUGCACCGAGAGUCUUUGUGGAAUACGAUGACAAAACUGGUCAGUGGUUAGUUAAUUUGGAGGAAGGGAUCGACCAGGAAGUGGCUGAGGAGCUGAAAAGAAGAGGCCACAGAGUCAACUGGCCUGUUACAGGCCACCAGAGGGCUCAGUUUGGGCGUGGACAGAUAAUCACUGUGGGUGAUUGGUGGAGUCACUCCAUCCCUCAAACCGGUUCUCCACCCAGGGUGCUGUGGGCAGGAUCAGACCCCAGAGCAGAUGGAUGUGCUCAGGGAUACUAAUAUCAGAAAGACCAGAAUAUUCAGAAUCAUUUCACUGCUAAUUAAUACAAACAAAAUGUGUUUUUCAUGAUAAUUCUGGUUUAAUUCCCUCUUUUUUUUAAUAGCACUCCUAUUUUUAUUCUGUUUACUUUGGUUUUAUGAUUCAACUAAAUGAUUUUAAUGCUGGUUAAUAUUUGACAAACAGCUGGGUUUGUAUCAGACGUCACAUGGCACCUGGAUGAGGUUCAAAGUACCUCACAAUUACUGGAUGCAAUCAGCAGAAGCAGAUCUGCAGAGUAACCAAGGGAUAUUCUCAAUAUUUCUAUGAAAGAAAACCUGGUGAUUGAACCACUGAUGCCACAAAUUGUUGGACUCAAUCAAGAAAUAAAAUAAUAAAUAAUAAUAUGAAAUGCUUUUUCAUACUCUGUACACAAGUCCUUGUGAUUGUCAGUUUAUUUUUUAAGGAUUUUUUACAAGGAUCUAAAUUACAUAUUUUUCUGUUUGCAGUGGCUACCCCAUAGGGGGCAAAUGGGUGCCAUGGUACCCUGUAGAAAAAUGUUGGCCACCCAGAGAAUCAUGUUCAGGUCAUAGAAAGUCUUACAUAGUCAUCUUCUUCAAUCAGGAGAUAAAUGUAAAACACAAUUAAUAGAUACAUUUAUAAAAUUUUGCAAACUUCAAAUUAUACAAUUAGAAAUUUUAUUAAAAUUGGAAAUUAAUAGAUAAAAAUAUAUAGGGGAGGCCAAUAACAAAAAUAUAUAUAUAAAAAAGAAAAAGAAAUUAUAUGUUUCCUUUGGAAUUUGUGAAGAAUGUUUAUUUUUUUUAUUGGCCUGCUCUGACCUCUCCUAUAAUACCUUUUUUGGGAGAAAGCGCCAUUGGUUGCUUGAGUUUUAAAAUCUACAUCUAAGAUUAUUUGUCAGUGAAUUAUUAUUAUUCUUCUAUUGAAACUUAUGUUAAACUUGUUUAGAAAUGCCAAAUAAACUAAAGUGUACACUUGUUUAAAUCUUCUUUUGCCAUCUGAAUCUUUAUCUGAACUUUAUGCGGCUCGCAAUAAGGUGCACUUGAGUUAAAAGAGACUAAUACUCCCUCAUUAGUUGACCCAACAACCGGCACGAAGCAGGCAGAUAUUUUUUAAAGUAGAAUUUGAUUAAAUAACCAAAGUGAAUCAGAUUUACUUACUGUAGGUGACAAAAAGAGAGAAAAAGCACCCCAUGUAUGUAAACAUCUAAAUAAUCUUCAUUUAUUAUGUAAUUUCCCUGUUGGCGCUGGAUUGUUUCACACAGUCUCUACUUGAGCAUAAAAUCUCCCCAUGUUGGACUUUGUUACCGCGGUAAUCUCCUUACAGAUCCAAACCCAACCUGGUACGAUCCGUUUACUCUGCUAACGACUCACCAACAUAAUCCAGGCGACAUAAUCUGCCUGAAACGGCUCUUACUCCGGCGUCCCUUAUGUUCAGCUUCAGUUAAAUGGACAUUAAAUGAUGAGUUUGAGAAAUAUAAAUAUAUACAUCUUUUAUCGCUACUGAUGUUCAACACAUUAAACUUCAUCCUGCCUGUUUGGAAGAAAUACCUUAAACCUUAUUGUUUCUUUUUGUUUUAAUUCACACAUGUGUGCGUGUGUGUGUGCGUGUGUGAGAACCAGGUUUUUAUAUCCUCUUGGGGACCUAUUUCUGCCUAGAUUGUGGGGUUGUGGGGACGCUGCUCCUUAUGGGGACAUUUCUUGAUCCUCAUGAGGGGAAAUGCUGUUUUUGGGUUUGGGGCUAGGUAUGUGAUGGUUAGUUAUGGUAAAGGAUAGGUAUGUGAUGGUUAGUUAUGGUAAAGGAUAGGUAUGUGAUGGUUAGUUAUGGUAAAGGAUAGGUAUGUGAUGGUUAGUUAUGGUAAAGAAUAGGUAUGUGAUGGUUAGAGUUAGGCUGUAGAAAAUGAAUGGAAGUCAAUGUAAAGUUCCCACAAGAUGUGAAAACACGACUGUAUUUGCGCGCGCUCACACACACACACUCACACGCACACACACACAUGCAUAUAAUCUAAAUAUUACAAUGAAGUAUUAGGGCCACACUGAGAAAAUAAAAAGAUAAACUUAUGAGAAUAAAGUCAAAAUUACUACAAUAAAGUUCUAAUAUUACCAAGUUGUAGUUUUACGAGAAUAAAGUUGAACUAAUAAGAAUAAAGUAAUAAAAUUAU